CAUCACACAUAGUCCUGCAUCACACAUAGUCCUGCAUCACACAUAGUCCAGCAUCACACAGCAAUAUCGUUCAGGAGUUGAACACAAAUAUCGAGACGUGCGAGCCACGAGGGGGCUUCAGCAGAGACUUCGUGUCGUUUUCUGUUCCUCUGUUGAAGAAGCGCAGACCACAGUCAUUUACUAUAUGGUCAACAUUGUGGGUUGCGUGGCCACAAUCACACUCCUGCACUGUGGCGUGUCUUUAUUUGUCUAUUCAUGGACGUGAAUAUGCGCAUCGGCCUGUUGAUGAUGUUGUGAUGGAGUUGAUGGUUACUCCCGUGCCUUCGAGGAGGAGUUUCUAGUCCAGGAGGUGUGCGUUGAUGUUUGGGUCUCGAAUGAGGAGAUGGGUUCUAUUAGUCUGGACCUGCGCGUUGGUUCACUCGGCUCGCACAGCAACAACAGAAGCAGCCUUCUUGAAGUGACGUGCGGCGGAUGAGGAAGCAACGGAUCCACACCCACCCCGAGACAGCUCAGCACUCACCCCGAGACAGCUCAGCACUCACCCCGAGACAGCUCAGCACACGCCUCCACUCUCACACUGGAGACGAGAGUUUUGAUUUUAUUUUAUUUGUUACGCGGAUGAUCCCAUUUGGCCAGUUGCCCGGCUAUUUUUACGCAGGAGAUCCGUGGUGCCGUGAGCACAGCAGCAACAUAAAAACGUAAUUACUGUACCUGCAGUUGCAGAAAAGGAGGACAAAGUCCUGCAGGUUUAUUGCACAACGAGCACACGAGGUGCAGUCGAGCAUUCAACUGCGGUACAAGAGAGUCGCGCGUGACGCAGGAGAGUUGGGGGAGAGGCGGCCCAGCGCGGCUCUGCGGAGCGGGCGAGGGGAGUGCGCGACCACCAGUGCUGUGUCUGUGUGCAGGCUGCGCCAAUGGACAGAGCGAGGCCCCCAGCCCCGUGGCUUUCCACUGUGUCCCUGAGGCUCUUCACAUUGGUCGUGUCUGGCUCUGUUUUACCCAGCCGUGGGUUGGAAGUGCGCGCGCCAGGAGACGUGUUUGUCACAGCUGGAGCUGUGGCGACACUGAGCUGCACCUACCAGUGUGAGGCCCAGCAGCAGCUCAUCACGGUGGUGGAGUGGUGGAGAAUCGACCGCCCACAGCGUGCGAAGAUACUGACUAUGGACUACUCCAUCAUAGCCCACGACCAUCGCGCCGACUGGAUAGGCAACAUCACGUCCUGCAAUGCCUCCAUCUCCCUGCGGGACGUGCUGGUGUCCGACACUGGCACCUAUCUCUGUGAUGUGCUGCUUCUGCCCAUAUACUCAGAGGGCCAGGCCACCCUACAGCUCCACGUGUCGCCUUAUGAUGUAAAAAAAAAAUCCGAUCUAAUCCAGCCUCUGCCCAAGCCCACACCCAAGCCCCCGACUACGAUAAUUGUUGCCUUCGUUUUAGUUGUGAUCAUUAUCACGGUUAUUGUGGCUCGCUACUGGUUAAGGCCUAAGCCAAAGCCAACGGGUGAAAGCAGAAACAUUGGAGGGAGGAGAGUCAACCGUGCCCCUUGCGUGAAUUCCAACCACGGAUUCACAGUGCACGCAACCUCUCUUAGUAAAUGUGGAUGCAAGGAGUGCAAGAGUCUUCUCAAAUACACACACAAUCUUCAGCAAGAGGACAUGGCUUCAGCCGUGCAGAUUGGGGAUGAAGACAGUGAAGAUUCUGAUGGAGCGUCUGUUGCUAAUGUCUUAAUAUUUACAUGGAACCUCCCAUUCAGUUUGCCACAAUGCGCCCUGUGGCAGUAGAGCCCAGGUAGAAGCUGUCUUUGUGAGGCAAACGUUGGACCCAGCUCGGGCCUACAAGUGGGCAUCAGUCUGCCAGUUUAAUCACAGGCAGCUGCCUGGAUUCAAACCCAGGCAACAGCAAUGUUGGCUCAGCACUCUGACCUUGGAGCCACCAGGUCAUCUCGACCACUAUACGUGCCUGGCCACUGGCUCCUCGGCAGUUGGUAAACGCCUCUCGUUGCUGUGUGUGUACACGUUGAUGCGUGGACACUCACAUUUGCUUUCGUGCAUUGUUUUGUGUAGCCCUCAAGUUUCUCCACUUCAGGCUGAAGAAGCAACCCGAAGAGGAGGACUCCCUCAACAGGAGCUGGACCUGCACCAUGUGAGGGGAGGGCGUGACCUUCACGAGCUUCUCACUGUUCCCCGCCUCCCCGCCUAGGCUGGGGCUGAUCUCACCAAAGACAAAGAUCCUCCAUAUAACCUUAAAAGACUGUUGGGGCAAGUGCUGUAAGCGAGCAGCUAUGAAGGCCGGCACGGCACACAAGGGGGUGGGCGGCCAGCAUCGCGACCGACCGCCUUUGUCUUCCUAGUGGCCAUGUUUAUGCACUGGACCAGGUGCUUAUUUGAGGCCGAGUCGACUUAGGGGUUCAGAUAAUCAUCACAUUGGGUUUGGUGGCUGUGAGUGGGAAUCGAACUCUGGUUUCCGGGUUCCUAGCGUAGCGUACUAACCACGACACUACCGCACGCACACGUAAGCGUGGCAGAUGACCGCCGCCUUUGUAAGAUGACAGCUGAUAAGCACCCCAUUUUGUUUACAAGUCAGUUAUUUUCUGGUCAAAUGAACAUCUGCACGUUGAAGUCCUGAAAACACUGGUCGAAAUUCCACAUUCCUAUGACAGGGGCGAGUGUCUCCUCACACUCCGCACCUGCGAAUGCCCACACCUCCACUUAGCACGGUUGGCUACGUACGGUGCGAAAGAAGUUCAAUAUAAAUAUUCACAUGUUCUUUAAUCUACGUGUUAAGAUUCUAGCAGGUCAUUCAAUUAAUCCUUUACAAUUCGGAGUGUAAAUAAAACUACACAAAGCUCUAAUAUCAGUAAAAUAUUUGUACCAAAUGUGACAUUUCUCUUAAACGAACACCAUUCAAUUCGGCCUUUUUAAAAUCUUAAUUUCAUUUUAUACAGCGGAGUCAUUGAUGCUAAUUGCAUUUCACAACACUAUACAAUAACUUUAUACAUAAUCACAUGAAGGACUAAAUCCUAUUUGUAACAAUUAAAUAAAUGAAAACCCUCAGAAAAAAGUAUUAAUUAAAAUGAAUAAACAAACCCAUAAGUGGCAUAAAACUUUUAUACUGAAACAGCCUACAAUAAUAUUUUCCUGAGGCCUCAUUUACCAUCAAUAAUUACUGUUCUCUUUGGUAGUUUGGAUAUUCCAAACCAUUUCCUAAUUUAUUCACACGUUGCCAUACACCCAAAAUUACAUCGAAACCAAUCUGGGUUCCGAAAAAAAUACAGCACCACAUCUGCUGCAUUAUACUCUCUGAAUCACGUUUACAGUGGCCUUGAUAAUAAGCAGUACUGCGCCUGUCUUUUUCUUGACUUGUUCAAAGCCUUUGAUACAGUGGACCGCAACACCCUGCUUAGUAAACUAAGUUGCCUCCAUUUCUCCAAACACGCAGGGAAUGGUUAAAAAGUUACCUCUCUUCUCGCACCCAAACUGUAUUCACAGAUGGUUGGAGGUCAAACAGUGUUAAGAUAACAAAAGGCGUUCCACUGGGUUCCAUCAUCGGCCCCCUCUUGUUCUCACUUUAUGUCAAUGACUUGGGCACU